AGUGCAAUAAGACAAUUUACCUACCAAACAUAAAUCCGACGAAACAAAAAUUCAUUUUGCACCAAUUGAUUCUUCGCUAGGACCGCCCGGCUAUGGCGAACUAUCAAAAUCGCAGUUCAUACUACGGUGGUGGAGGCAGCCAAGCUAUCAGCGAGAAGUACGAUAAUGGUAUUCAAAGACGAGGGACCGGCAGAGGAGAGCGUAACACGCGGUCCAGCGAAGGCACAGUCAGCACCGUCAUGAGCGCGUCAACGGGUAGAGAAUCGUCGGCGACGCACGUCACCGAGGCGCCCGCAUAUUCCAAGAAGAUCGUGGUGGUCGGUGACGGAGGGUGCGGAAAGACGUGUCUUCUGAUUAGCUACAGCCAAGGAUAUUUCCCAGAGAAAUACGUCCCUACAGUCUUUGAGAACUACAUCACCUACCCGACUCACCAACCGAGUGGUAAGACCGUCGAGCUCGCACUAUGGGAUACAGCCGGACAAGAAGAGUACGAUAGGCUGCGACCUUUAUCUUACCCCGAAACCGAUCUAAUAUUCGUCUGCUUCGCUAUCGACUGCCCCAACUCCUUAGAUAACGUCCUAGACAAGUGGUACCCCGAAGUCCUCCAUUUCUGCCCCUACACACCCCUCAUCCUUGUCGGCCUGAAGUCGGACUUGCGACAUAAGAAGACUUGUAUCGAAAUGCUCAAGACGCAAGGUCUGACGCCCGUUAGUAGCGAGCAAGGCAUGGCUGUUGCCAAGAAGAUGGGCGCGCAAUACAUGGAGUGCAGUAGCAAGGAGAUGACUGGUGUAGACGAGAUCUUUGACAGGGCUAUCCAAACUGUCGUCGCUAACGACCGACGUAACCUCGAGGCCGCUAUGGCCGCCGCGCCCACCUCAACGAGCGGCGGUAGUGGUAGCGCAUCAGGAGGCGGGGGUCGCGAAAGCGGUGGUAUCCCAGGACUCCGUACUUUUAAGAAGAAGAAGCGGAACUGCAACUUCUUGUGAGGGGCGAUUUGAGGUAGCAAUUGGAUGCUAUUCUUACUAUUUACGUACAACACACAUCAGUAAACAACAACAAGCUAACGAGCUUCUGAGAACAUAUUUGGACGAGAUGAGACCAGACGAGACGAAGGAGAAUUCAUAGGAAAGGGAGGAAAAAGCCCGGUACUCAAUGACCACUCUCGCAUGACACCAUUUUUAUUUCUUUUUUUCUACAACUUUCUUCCGCAACGAC